AUGAAAGAUGAGUCUACUGUAGAGGCCUAUAAACACUUACUUAUUACCCUUAUGCGUAAAGACGUUGUCGUCGUUACAGCGUCAGGUAAUUCAAGAGAAUGGUUUAACAAACUGUCAGAGCACCCAGCCCUCUUCAGCUAUGAUACAGACCUUAUUGUUGUUGGCGCCAUUGACAACGAUGGUUCCCGCGCCGAUUACUCCCAGGGCACUAUUGAAGAGCUGACUACAUCAGCCCCAGGCGAUGUUAUGUGCGCCUCAAGUACAUCUUUAGGCUGGGUAAAGAAAUCUGGAACUUCCUUUGCCGUCCCUGCCGUUGUAGGCGUUAUUGCCGUCUGGCUCUCCCAGGACGAAUAUGCCGCCGAGCUCCAGGUUCCUGGCAAGGUCGCCGCUAAGGUCAAAGCCAAAGUCAAGAAAUAUUCGUACCCGCGCGUCGAGGGCGGGCCACCUGUGAUCUGGAACGGCAUUGACCCGCGUGAACUAGUUUGCAAAUCGCCAAAAAGGCCGGGCUGCCGAAUGUCCCUGGAUUCCCCCGCCUCAGCUCGGCCUCCGCAGCCCCCUAAACCCCAAUGGAGCAAGAAGCCGCAGGGAUUCCGCAGGGUAUUUGAACAGGACGGUGUCAUAGGACGCGGCUACGUCGAACGCUGGAACAGCUCAGAUUUCGAUAUCAAGGACAACAUCGAGCAGUGGUGCCUAGACAGAUGUAGAGGCAAGUGCGCCUCUGUCUUCCUCUACCGGGUCCUGCAGUUUAGUAGCUGGGAGUAUAAUGAGUCUUUUAUCUGCAACACGUACCACUCAAAGUGGUCAAAAAAAUUUGUAGGAUCCGCCUCAACAAGCGCCGACGCAGGAAUCGCUUUCAAGUAA